AUGGCAAGACAAAAUUUCGUUGGUAUUGUUGUAUCCCAAGGGAAGAUGCAAAAAACUGUUAAAGUACGGGUUGAAAGAAGAGUUUUCAAUAAGAAGAUUAAUAAAGAAUUGUUGAAUCGUAAAGAUUACUUGGUUCAUGAUGAAAAUGAAAUAUCCAAAGAAGGUGAUAUGGUUCGUAUUGAGGCCACUCGACCAUUAUCCAAAAGGAAAGCAUUUGCCAUUGCCGAGAUUUUAAAAAAUAAAGGUCAACAAUUUGCACAUUUUGAAACUAUGGCAAAAACGGAUGUUUUAAAAGAAGAAGCUAUUAAAUCUAAGGAAUUCUUAGAUAGAAGGGCCAAACAAAAAGAAAGUGAUAGCAAUAUGAUUAAAGAUAUUCGAUCCUUACAAUUGAUUUAUAAUCAAAAUAAAAAUGGAGUGGAACUAUCUCCAGAGAGUAGCAAAGAAUUGAAAAGAAUUAAGGAUAAAUAUGGUAUUCAAGAAUUUUCUCCAGAUUCAUUAAAGAAAUUACUAAAUUUGAAUUUAUUGGCUAUUGAAUCAGAUCUAGAAAAACAGAGAGCUAAAAUUGAAACCAUUCAGAAAAAUUUGGCAAUUUUAUUGAAGGAUGAGCCAAAGGCUUUUGAAUUUCUUCAAAAGCAUGGUGUUGAAAAUCCAAGCUCAUUGCAAAAAAAUAUUAGAAAAAAUUUGAUUAGAAAAUACUUAUUUAAGGAAAUACAAUUAUGA